AUGACUAUCAAACACCUGGCACUUUUGGCGUUGGUCGGUAGCGCUUUUGCGCAGACAUCUGACACGGAUGACACCGCCACGAGCUUGACCGACAUCUCCCCCACAAGCGAUGCUAACACUACCACGGAACCAACCGACUCUUCUACCGAUAUGUCCAGCUCCGUGAUGACGACGACGGUAACGGAUACUAGUGUUACAACUUCCGUAUCAGCGGAGAUGUCAACAUCCUCAUCCGAUACGUCUAGUGAAUCUCUCACUGUGAUGACUUUAACGUGGACGGAAUCCUCCAUGUCCUCUAUGUCUACUACUGACAUGGGGUCUGAUAUGUCAUCUAUGGCCUCCGAGACCGGAACGGGAACGACAGCCGGCGUUGCACCCGUCGGCACCGGCGGAGUAGCAUCUAAUGGUACCGGCUCCGGCUCCGGAUCCACACCCGUGGCAGGAGAUGCCGUCAUGACCGGCGUUUCGGUCGGGCUGUUCGUCGUGUCCGUAGCACUUACUGCCUUGAUGCAACUAUAA